GCUCUACGUAUCAAGCUAGCGGUCUAUCCUGUUAAGUUAGCUCGGAGAGAGGAGUUAACCAGAAGUGAUGCUGUAAUGUCGUAGAGAGGAGGAGGUGGCGACACACCGCUUUCACCACUGUCACGGCGAACACUUUAGUUAACUUAGUAAAAUCCUCCUCCAUUUGUUUUUUUGGAUUUACCUGUUGCUUUUUUCCCCCCCGUCUUCUUUCCCCCGCUUCUUCUGAGCCCCCGUGUUGUCCCGCUGUCCCCCCGAUGACUUCCUCUUUCUCGGCCUGGUUUUGGAGCGAUAGGUUCUGGCUUCCCGAAAACGUUUCAUGGGUGGACCUGGAGCAUCCACCACCUGGUGUGGAGUACCCACGAGUGGGAGAUGUUCUUUACGCUUUGCCCCUGUCUGUGGCAGUUUUUCUUCUGAGACUGUUGUUUGAAAGGCUGGUGGCCAAGCCCUGUGCCCACAUACUUCAGAUUCAGGCGGGAGUGCCUCGGCAAGCUCAGCCCAAUGCUGUCCUGGAGAAGCUGUACCAGUCCAAAACGAGUCCAGACACGAGGCAACUGGAUGGACUCUCCAAACAGCUGGACUGGGAUGUACGGAAAAUACAGAGAUGGUUUCGUGUCCGUCGGAACCAGGACAGGCCCAGUCCGCAGACCAAGUUCUGUGAGAGCAUGUGGCGGUUUACGUUUUACUUGGGGAUUUUUAUCUAUGCCAUUCAACAUUUGUGGGUGUCACCUUGGACGUGGAACACCAGACUGUGUUGGCACAAAUAUCCAUUCCAGCCUCUGAGCCCUGGACAGUACAACCACUAUGUCGCAGAGCUGGCUUUCUAUUGGGCGCUGAUGUUUUCCCAGUUCACAGACAUUAAACGUAAGGACUUCUUCAUCAUGCUUGUCCACCACCUGGCCACCAUCAUCCUCAUCACAUUCUCCUAUGCCAACAACAUGCUACGAGCCGGUACUUUGGUCAUGUGCGUGCACGAUGCAGCAGACAUCUUCCUCGAGGCAGCCAAGCUGGCCAACUAUGCCAAGUACCAAAGGCUGUGUGAUGGGCUGUUUGUGGUGUUCAGCAUAUGCUUCUUUAUCACUCGACUCGUCAUCUAUCCUUUCUGGAUUGUUUACAGUGUUCUGAUCGAGAGCUGGGAGAUCGUGGGGCCGUACCAGGCCUGGUGGCUGUUCAAUGGGCUGCUGUUGGUCCUGCAGACUCUUCACAUCAUCUGGUUCUACCUCAUCGCUCGUAUUGCUAUUAAAGCCAUAUUCAAGGGAAAGGUGGCGAAAGAUGACCGCAGUGACGUCGAUAGCAGCUCGGACGAAGAGAUUAAUAACUCCAGCGGUGGUAAAAAUCCCAGUCAGAGUCUGACCCCAAAGAGCACUGGUAAUCUUAAUGGAGAAACUCACGACCACUGAGCACCAACAUGAGGAUAUGUACUCCCACUGUGGCUGUCGCUCACCGCCCGUGUGCCUGUGGGGCCCCCUCGUCGUCACCCGGCUGCCUGAAUAGGUGAUUUUUUUUGUUUUUCCAGAGAGGAGAGAGGAACUGGAUGCAGCUCCGUGUGUGGGAUACAGACGUAGCACUGUGUUACUGAGUCAGGUUUACACCGUGUGACGUUUACCCCUGCGUUGUGCUUACACAAGCAGACUUGUGUGCACCCGCGUGCUCUGUGUGUUUCCUCACAGCUGCAGCAAAGCGUGACCCAGUGCGUGUCUACAGACAUGGAUAUUUUACUAGUGAAUUUGAUUUAAAAUUAAAUAAUAAAAAAAAAAAAGACUGCCCGGCCCAAAAAAAGUGACAUUCUCUGUUGUUUGAUUACAGAAUCACUUCUAUAAGCGAUUAUUAUAUCUAUUACUAUUUACGACGGGAGAGUUGGACUUGCUGCGUUCAAGUCUCCUCCAGCACAUUCUCCGUGGAGAUAAGGUCUGGACUCUGUGGUGGCUCAUCCAAGUGUGAAAACAAUGACUCACGCUGCCUGAACCACUCUUUCACAAUUGGAGCUCGCUGAAUGGUGGCAUUGUCACGUUGGAAUUGUCAUGAAAAACCUGAUCAUUCAGUACAUUUCGGCCGUCAGGUGAACCUGAAGCAACCUAAGCAAACUAGGAUCAUAACACUGCCCCCACAGGGUUACAGAGUAAGCACAAAUAUUUUACAGCUGUUAAACAAUUCACCCAGUCAUGCAUCUGCCUCACUCUGCUGUAAGCCAAGAAAUUCCAAAGACCUCUUAUGUCUCUUUAUAGAAUUCCAAAGAUUUCUUAAUAAAAAAAAGAUCUGCAUCAAAUCCA